GAAGAGUGGGAAAGGGUACAGGGAUCAAAGGUCUCCAUCUGGUCCCAAUAAAUCCUGCUCCGAUGGAACUGACAUAUGCCUCCCCUUUCUCACGCCUCGGCUGACUCCUUUUACCACUUAUCCUCUCUCUCUCUCUCUCUCUCUAAAAUUAUAAGCAGUACUUUUGUUGAUCCCAAAAGUGAACUUAGUUAGUACGAAGACCCUCACAGUUUCUCCCUCAACAAAGCAUUCACUUUUUUGGCACCCCAAAACAGAGUGAGUCAGAGAGAAUAGAACCUUACAAGUUACACCACUCAUCGUCACGCCUCCCGAACUCCAAAUUUCAUCUCCUAGUACUCCGGUCUUUCUCUUUGUGGUCUAACCACUCAAACCAGCUCCUUAAAACACAGUGAUAUUUUGGGUCGAUUCGGAGGAAGAGUCACAGAAAGUGAAGCCAAAUAUGGACUGGAAUGGGAGCUUAAGACCCUUCGUUUCCCAACCAGAGUCUUCUUUAAGCUUCCUCUACAACUAUAACUACGACCAUUUUCCAGUGAUGGAAGUGAAGCAUCCGGCAAUGGUGGACUCAGAGCAUGGGAUGGUGCCAGCAAUAGACAAGAACAACUACGGCGGCUUCCAGGACAAGAAGAAGCGGUUGACGAGCGAUCAGCUAGAUUCACUGGAAAGGAGCUUUCAGGAAGAGAUAAAACUGGACCCUGAUAGGAAAAUGAAGCUGUCCAAGGAGCUAGGGCUUCAGCCUCGCCAAAUCGCUGUUUGGUUCCAAAAUAGGCGUGCUAGGUGGAAGGCUAAGCAGCUUGAGCAGCUAUACGAUGCGCUUAAGCAGGACUAUGAUGUUAUCUCUAGGGAUAAGCAGAAGCUUCAAGAGGAGGUUAUGAAAUUGAAAGCUAUGCUGAGAGAGCAAGCGGCAGGAAGGAAGCAAGUCUCCACAGGUUACACAGAAAUCUCAGGGGAGGAGACGGUGGAGAGUACGUCGGUUGCCAUUAAUGGUUCUAACAUUAAGCCAAAGCCACGAGGAGCGAGUCAGCAUCAGAUUUCAGACUGCAAUUAUCUCUUUAAUGUUGAGGAGUAUAAUCCAGUUUCCCCGCCAGCUUACUGGGCUACCCUUCCUUCUUAUCCCUCGUAACUAGUCUGUUAAAUUUUCAAGGUUUUUCACAAUCUGUUUGAUUAAAGUACUACUGCAUGCAUGCGUCUUUAGCUAAUUAGUAGAAUGAGAUGGAGUACGUACGUAGUUUCCUAGCUCGAUCUGUACGGGGUUGAAUAAUUUGUCUACAAAACUCAGAAGGGCUUCUCGGCACGAUGACUGAAAAGACGCUUUCGUCACUACCAUUUUCAUUAGGUUACCUACCUAUUUACUUGCAUAUUAAUCAUGCUCUAUUAAUUGUUAUAAUUGUUACAAAUCUCAUCAUCUUUAAUUAGUUUA